UUGGCAACAACCACCUGCUGGUACUGCGGCGCGACUUCGAAACUUCGUCUCUACCAUUCCAGACUAUCUCCUCGCUGGAUGGAACGGUGGUACGUAUAAAGGUGAGUGGGCGGAAGCGUACCAACAUAUUCAUCCGCUUUUUUUCUCUUUCAAUCUUCUUACUACUUUUUCUUCCAAUGUCUCGCCUUGCUUUUUUCUUGACUUUCACCGCCUUCCUCGCAUCGGUCUUUGCAGCAGAAGUUGCUGAGCGGGACACCACCGAUACUUCUGUUCAUGCCGGUGGAUAUGUGCCUUCCCGACAACUUGCCUCGAUGGCAAUCAUCGCGUUCGCGCAAUCGGCGAUUGUGUCCUUGAUCCACUUCUUCUGGGUCCGACCGAUGAAAGUCUCUAUGCUUACUUACACCGUCGGAAUGUUUGCGCUCACUGGCGGCUUCCUUCUCCGUGCCAUGGACACGGGUGCGCCUUUCCAGCUGUGGAAGUACAUCACCUGGGACCUGCUGACUCUUCUCUCGGUACCUAUUCUCUCACUCACUUCGGGACCAGCACUGAUAGUCCUGCAGCCCAGCUUCUUUAUCGCCACGUGCUACUUCCUGCUCGCUCACUUGGGAAACACGUUCGAUCCCGAUGUCGUCUCGCGUUGCAUGGCUGUCAGCCCCUCGCGUAUUAUGACAUUCUUCGUCGGGAGCAACCUCGUCAGUUUCCUGCUCGAGGGCGGUGGUGGAGCCUUGACGCAUUCGCAAAACGACUCUUUGGCUCCAGUCGGCUCCAAGAUCGUCUUGAUCGGAUUCAUCCUCCAGGCCGCGACGCUCCUGCUUUUCAUUUUCCUCUUGAUUUCUUUCACUAUCCGAAUCUCCACUGACUACCCCCAUCUUUGGAAACCCGACCACGUGGCCAAGUGGAAGAUGAUGUCUGCUGGUCCGAUCGAGAACUGGCGCCUGCUUGUCUACAUGAUCUUCAUCGUCAGCGGUGGACUUGCGGUGAGCACGGGAUACCGCGUGGUUGAAUACCUCGGAGGCUACAACGGCACCAUUGCCAACAAAGAGCUGUACUUCUACCUCUUCGACGCGCUGCCGCUCGCCAUGACCACGUCGAUGUUCAUCACGCUCUGGCCGACGCGCUUCCUCCACCCCAAAGGACGUCAAUUCUCGCUGCGCGGUGGACCCAGCGACGAAGCCCUGAAACCUCACUCAUCGUUCAGCGAGCUCUAAUCGGCGUGCUUUUACAUCUUUCAUUGGACUUUUGUAAUCUACUUACACCGCACUUUCUUUCCUUCUGGUUAUUUAUAUUAUUGUCCGCUAUCGAUGAGACUGGGAAUGGAAUGCCCUCAGAGUGUCGCUGCAGUGUGAGAGUGAACAAUCCAUCC